GCGGGGGCGGGGGCAGGGAGGAUGGCGGGGGCGGUGAGGGGGUGCUUGCGUGGAUGGCGCAGCUGCGGCGGCGGCGGUCUGCUUUCUCGCCGCAGUACGCGCCCAGGCAGCCGAACCGCGACCUCCCUCUAAUGCGCAAGAUCCUGUGCGCGUGGCUGUUUGAGCUGCGCGAGGAGCUCGGGCUGCCGGAGUCGAUCCUCCUGCUCGCCGUCUACCACGUGGACCGAGUUCUCGCCACUGAGGAGGUGACUAAGGACUCGCUGCAGAUGGUCGGGGCCGUCGCGCUGCUGCUCUCUUGCAGCGGUUCGUGCAAGCUGCCGCCGCAGGACGGCGACGAGUACGCGCAACGGCUGUCCAGCGUCGGCGACGUUGUCUACUGGACCGACGGCGCUUUUCAGCGGGGCGAGAUCUACGAGCUCGAGAACCGGAUGCUGCUCGGCGCAAACCGCGCUGCCGGCCUCACGCGCAAGCAGAAGCCGCGCAAGAGGCUGCACCGCGUCGGCGCCGUAGGCGUCGACCACGCCGCCGCCGGCCUCCACGCGCACCGGAUGGCCCUCGAGUGGAUCGUCACCUUCUGCCUCUGCGGCACACCGCCGCCCGACAAGGUCCUCUCGCUUGCCGUCCAGGUCCUGCUCUGCGCCGCAAUGCAGUACGCGACCUUGCGGCUCCACCCGCGCUUGCUCGCCGCCUGCUGCCUCUUCCUCGCCGAGGUCCAGUGCGCGGCCCUCGUCGAGGAGGAGUUCUCGACGACCCUCGAGGUGCUCUCGUGA